ACAUCCGCAUGUUCUACGGAUUUGCAAUUAUGACAAUGCUUGUUAACUCUUAAUGUUGCCAAUUUAUAACAGUUCUGAGUGAACUGCAUUAUAUUUACAAUCAAUAUUUUUUUUAAAGUUCCAAAGAAAAGCAAACUAUUGGUUGGGACUCGUGGUAUGGAACUGGUGAUACUCUUGCCAAACAUCUGCAGCCUGGCGGCAAUCAUCAGUGUUAUAUUGUUUUGCAACAUCACAGCGCAAACGGAGUUGGUUAGUGAUCGCUAUGUAGCUGGUCACGAGGUGAGCCAUCCAGAACUAUGUCCAGCGUUCGGUUCCGAACUACAGUUGAUGAUAUUUGUAUUCACAGCACCUUCCCAUUUCAAACAAAGACAAGCUAUCAGAAUGACAUGGGGCGAUACGGUGAAGAUUCCAAACGUAUCCCUAGCUUUUAUUAUUGGUAUUACUCCAAAUGAGUCUGAAUCUUUCGGAUACUCGGAUAGAUCUCUGAUUCUGGAAGAAGAUUUAAUAUACCGUGAUAUAAUAAUCGGUCGGUUUAUCGAUACAUAUAAUAAUCUUACGCUUAAAAGUCUCUCUAUGCUUGAAUGGAUGAAUACGUAUUGUUCACUAGUUCCCAGAAUGUUAAAAACUGACGACGAUAUGUUUAUAAAUGUACCUAAGUUAUUACAAUUUGCAGAAGAAUCUUUACGAAAGAAUAUAACAAAAACUAUAUGGGGGCAAAUUAGAUUGGAUAAACCAAUACGUAAUAAUACUACACAUAAGCACUUCGUGACGAGUGGGGAGUUCCAAGGAGAUGUAUACCCUAAUUUUAUGACUGGUCCAGCGUAUUUGAUGACGAGUGAUGUCACGAGAGAUUUAUUUGCUGCCGCUGCCAAUGAACCUUACCUCAGACUUGAAGAUGUAUUCAUUACUGGUGUUUUAGCAACAAAGCUUCGUAUACAAAAGAUCGAUGUCCCACUGUUCUAUAACAGAAGGAUCUAUGGUGAUAUAUGUAGAUUGAUGAAGUAUAUAUCAGUCCAUGAAAUUACAAGCAUUGAGUUGCAGGAAAUAUGGAGACAAGUGCAACAUAAAAGCGAUGGCUGUGUCCGGAUCAGUUAGGUACCUAAGUUAGUGAUUUGACGAUUCGAUGAAGCGUAAAAUCACAAGAUUGUUGAUGAAUAAAUAAAGUCAAAGAUAAAAUGACACGUGGUUGCCCACAACACCUUCGCUCCACUUUAGAGCAUUAUCGCCUUUAGAGUAUUAUCUAUAAAGCAUCACGAAACUAGCCAUUGUUUCAUUUGAAUUGAAUGUUUAAGAAGAUAAGAACAAAUGUUUUUUUCUAUUCCGUGUCCCUAAAAUACAAGUCUAAUAAAGCCGCAAACUUUCUAACAAUAGAUGCUCGAGAAUGCUUGAUACUAUUAAGUAUUAGGUACUGGAUAUAAUUACAGUUUAGUCAUGAUUAUCACAACAUGAGAAGCAUUUGCGGUUUCCGGACGCGAUGUUGUCUGCCCGUAAGCGACUUGUCUAAGUCCGCACCCAAGCAUCUCUGAAUCUUUCUCACCUUUGCGUGUUAUCUGUUUCACUCGGAGCUGUGACGUCGUGAAGCCCGUCCGCCACGGGGUUCAUUGCCGAAGGCUUUCGGAAAAAAAUUGGUACCCUAUGUGCUCGUUUUAUAUUCCAUUCAUGUGCAAAAUGUCACUAAAAACAUCUAGUUGAUCAUGCGUGAUUAGCAUAGGUAUCUUUGCAUUUCAGCAUUAUUUACAUAGUAUAAAACAAAGUCACUUCCCGCUGUCUGUCCCUGUGUAUCCUUAGAUUUUUAAAACUGCGCAACGGAUUUUGAUGCAGUUUUUUAAAUAGAGAAAGUGAUUCAAGAGAAAGGUUUAGGUGUAUAAUUUAUUACUGUUUUACCCGAGGGAAGCCGGGACGGACCACUAGUACCAUAUAAAAUUUUAUUACAUUAAAACUGUAUCAGUAGUGGAGUAGAUGCGAGCCCCGUCCGUCGACUAGCAGUCACCCCCGACACCUAAUGCGGCAACCGUAUGGAAUCAAAUUAGUGAGCACUCAGAAAUUAUUGUGCAUGCAGCUUUAGCUACCAUUUCCAUUUCGUGUUAUGGAUGGAUUGCGUUGGAAACGUUAUGAGAGUUUAGUAUACAUAGGCAGGUACUUCCAGCCUGUGAGACUCCCUGUAUGACAGGUAUACCAUAAUAAAGAUAAGUAUAAAAGUAAAUUAAAAAAUCCAUUGUAUAAAAAUAUUUAAUAGAAUUCCUAAGUAUGAAGGAAUAUUUUGGUAUAACGUUAUAUUGAAAUUCCUGCGAAAGUGAUUCUGCAGCAUCGAGUGGUAAUGAUCAUCAUUCAUCAACAUGCAUUGUUAGCUAUAAUAUGUAAUAUAUAGUAGUGUAUAGUUGUUUACGAAACUAUGAUCCAUAUAAAAAUUUAAGUGAAUGAAUACUGAUUAAAGGAUUUCGAUAAUAAGGCCAAUAUGAAAUUUUAUUUAUUAUUUUAAUAGGUGUUUUUUGUCUUUACUGCCUUUAUAUGUACAUAUAUUUGACGACCUCGGUGGCGCAGUGAUAAAGUUCUUGCCGCUGAACCGAGAGGUCGAUCCCCGUUCGGAUCAUGAUGGAAAAUGAUCUUUUUCUGAUUGGCCCGGGUCUUGGAUGUUUAUCUAUAUAUGUAUUUGUUAUAAAAUACAGUAUCGUUGAGUUAGUAUCCCAUAACACAAGUCUCGAGCUUACUUUGGUGGAGCUAGCUCAAUCUGUGUGAUUUGUCCUAAUAUUUAUAUAUUUUUUUAUUUUAUAUUUUGUUACUUACCUCCAUGUACUUUGAUUUGUUUUGUGGAAUUAAUAAAGUAUCUAAUAAUAUUAUUAUUGUAGUUUUAAUGCAUUUAUUUAUUAGUCUAUCGAGAAGAUUUGUUCUAUUACCAAGUCUAAUGAAACUAUUGAGUCUAAAAAAAUUCAGUAGUUUCAUGGGACAAAUAUACAAUGGAACUAGUGGGAAUGAUCGCUAAUCUCGGUUGUUAUUUAGCAAGGGGUUACUAUUUGUGGCAAAAUUUCUUGAUAUGACCAUGACAUGAUAUGAAAUUAAGAAUGAAUCUGACUAGUCAAACUUGUUCAAUCAAAUAAACUAGAUCAAAAAUGGUUCAACCGUUUGGCUGUUACGAUACCACGGACGGACUUAUAGUAUAGAUACUUACACAGAUACAUUACACUUAUAUCCAUCCUCAUACAUAAUGAUUUGUCUUUAAUAUCUUCUAUGUACAGAUAUAGCCUACUUACAGUUAUGUAAAGAAUGAAAUCUAUGCUUAAACGGAGGCUUUGUGCCAUGACUAGUCACAGCGCUGAUCAGUUUAUGUGGAGAAUAAAAUGUAUCCAGAAAUAUUUAACAUGACAUUAAAAAGUCUUGCUCACAGUU